AUGAUGCAGCAAAAGAUCGUAAUUGAGGUGCCACUUCACUGUGAGGAGUGCAGGAGGGAGAUCAUGGCCAUAUGCAUGACAGCAGAUGGUGUUACAUCCUUUGCUUUUCAAAGAGAAGGCAAAGAUCAAGUGGUGAUUAAAGGAGAAGGAAUUGAUGCAUAUGGGGUGACAUCACGUUUGAGGAAGAAGGUUAACAAGUAUGCUAAGCUAGUUAGUGUGGCCAAAGAUGAAUAG